AUGACCGACGACAAGACCAAAUACGAGCACCCGCUCGUGAGCCGCUAUGCCACGAAGGAAAUGAGCUUGGUGUGGUCGCCCCACACCAAGUUUUCCACGUGGCGCAAGCUGUGGCUGGCCCUUGCCCGCGCUGAGCAAGAGCUUGGCAUCGCCAUCACGGACGAGCAAUUGCGUGCGAUGGAAAAGGCCAUCUACGACAUCGACUAUGCGUACGCUGAUGAGAUGGAAAAGAAGUUCCGUCACGACGUCAUGGCGCACGUGCAUGCGUUCGGCAAGGCCGCUCCCAUUGCCAUGCCCAUCAUCCACUUGGGUGCGACGUCGUGCUAUGUUGGGGACAAUGCGGACAUCAUUCAGAUCAAGCAAGGGCUCGAACUGAUUCAGCGCAAGUUGCUCAAGGUUGUCAAAACUCUGCGCGAUUUCGCGGUCCAGUACAAGGACAUGCCGACAAUGGGGUUCACCCAUUUCCAACCUGCGCAGCUUGUGACCGUCGGCAAGCGCGCGACGCUGUGGAUCCAAGACUUCCUCUUGGACCACGACCGGUUGGAAUCGCAAAUCCAGACGCUUCCGUUGCGCGGCGUGAAGGGGACGACCGGCACGCAAGCCAGUUUCCUCGAGUUGUUCAACGGCGACCACGACAAAGUCAAGCAGUUGAAUCGCAAGGUGGCCGACCAACUCGGAUUCGAACACGUGAUUGCAGUGUCCGGCCAAACUUACACCCGCAAGAUCGACUAUUUCGUGUUGAGCAUCUUGAGCGGCAUCGCCCAGUCCGCGUACAAAAUGGCUGGUGACAUUCGCCUCUUGGCCAACAUGAAGGAGAUCGAAGAGCCGUUUGAGAAGAACCAGAUUGGAUCGUCUGCCAUGGCGUACAAGCGCAACCCCAUGCGCUCCGAACGUGUGUGCAGUUUGGCGCGGUACGUCAUGUCCCUGACGGACAAUGGCGGCCACACCCAUGCGUCGCAAUGGUUCGAGCGUACCCUGGACGAUUCGGCCAACCGUCGCAUUGUCCUCCCUGAAGCGUUUUUGGCCACCGACGUGAUCUUGAACUUGAUCGCAAACGUCAGCGACGGCCUCCAAGUGUGGCCGAACGUGAUCGCGGCCCACAUCAAAGCCGAGCUGCCCUUCAUGGCGACAGAAAACGUUCUCAUGGCAUGUGUCAAGGCUGGUGGCGAUCGCCAGGAGUUGCAUGAAGCUAUCCGCGAACACUCGAUGGCUGCUGGCCGCCGCGUCAAGGAAGAAGGUGCGGCCAACGACUUGUUGGACCGCAUUGCUGCCGACUCCCGCUUUGCCGCCGUCCACGCGACGAUGGACCAACUGUUGGACCCCAAGCUCUUUGUCGGGCGCUCCCCCGAACAAGUGGACGAAUUCGUCGCUGAAUGCGUGGACCCGCUCAUGCAAAAGUACCAGACCCUCCUCCUUGUCGACAGCGUCGACUCCAUCAACGUCUAA